UGGCUUUUCCAUGUUUCCGCUGGCUGCACUACUUUUUCAAAGUUUUCGUCUUUCGAAUGGCUCUCUGCUUGAUUAGCUUCUCCAGAACCCUGUAGCUUUUUUGUUAAAGAAAAUCAGUAGAAGUUGAAAGCGGAAACUUUGGUGUCUUAUGAUGCCUAAUUUCGUCGAUGACCCAUCUGAUAAGGACUCGGAGCAAUUCGUGGAAAUUGAUCCAACGGGCCGCUACGGCCGCUACAACGAGCUGCUUGGGUCCGGGGCAGUGAAAAAAGUGUACCGCGCGUUCGAUCAAGAGGAAGGCAUAGAAGUAGCAUGGAACCAAGUGAAGCUGCGAAACUUCACCAACGAUCCCACCAUGAUCGACAGGCUCUACUCCGAGGUCCGGCUGCUGAGAACCUUAACGAACAAGAACAUCAUUGCCUUGUACAACGUGUGGAGGGACGGGGAAAACAACACGCUGAACUUCAUCACCGAGGUGUGCACGAGUGGGAACUUGAGGGAGUACAGGAAGAAACACAGGCAUGUUUCGAUGAAGGCAUUGAAGAAGUGGUCAAAGCAGAUUUUGAAGGGGCUGGACUACUUGCACACCCAUGAGCCUUGUGUCAUUCAUAGAGAUCUCAAUUGCAGCAAUGUCUUUGUCAAUGGGAACGUUGGUCAGGUAAAGAUUGGUGAUUUGGGGUUGGCAGCAAUAGUGGGGAAGAACCGUUCGGCCCAUUCGGUGUUGGGGACGCCAGAAUUCAUGGCGCCGGAGCUUUACGAGGAGGAUUACACAGAAAUGGUGGACAUCUACUCGUUUGGAAUGUGCAUGCUAGAGAUGGUGACUUUGGAAAUUCCCUAUAGUGAGUGUGACAACAUUGCCAAGAUAUACAAGAAGGUGUCAUCUGGGGUGAGGCCUCAGGCAUUGAGCAAGAUCAAGGAUUUGGAGGUGAUGGCAUUCAUCGAGAAGUGCCUCGCCCAACCGAGGGCUAGACCUUCUGCGGCCGAGCUCCUCAAGGAUCCAUUCUUUGAUGAAGUUGAUGAUGAUGAAAAUGAGUUAUAAUGUUUUCCAAGUGCGUGGUUAAAUUUACAAUUUGUUGCGAGUCUAAUCCUUCUUUUUCAAAUGUAUUUGUUCAUUUUUAUUAUUAUGGUUUUGGAGGGGCGUAG